UUGACUUCCAAUAGCCUGAGUGCAAAGUUAGUGCCACCCUCUGUAGAAAGUCCUCCUCCUGUAGCAGGAGCCCCAUUUACUGGAGACUGUUUGAAGGGCAGCAGGUAAAGAAGAGGAAGGCACCAUGGCAAACGCUUCAGAUCAGAAAGUGGAGUUUGUGCGAACAGGUUACGGCAAGAACACGGUGAAGGUGCUGGUCGUCCGGAGGCAGGGAAGACAGCAUUCUAUCAUUGAGGUGAAGGCUGAUGUGGAGCUCACGCUCAAGUCACGCAAAGAUUAUCUAACUGGAGACAACUCAGACAUCAUCCCUACUGACACCAUUAAAAACACCGUCCACGGUUUGGCCAAGCUCAGAGGGAUAAAGAACAUCGAACAGUUUUCCCUGGAUAUCUGCAAUCACUUCCUAACCUCUUUUAACCAUGUGCUGAAGGCCAAAGUUUACAUGGAGGAAGCUCCGUGGAGAAGGCUGGAGAAG